AGAACGACUCGUCUCCGUAAGGUAUGUACCACUGUCCCACUGCACCGUACCAUACGGUACGAAGUAUACCCCCCCAGGUCCCUUGCGGAGCGGAUACCACUACCACCUGCACCUGCCUUCGGCCCCAGACCCGCGUCGUCCUUGUGCCUUUGUCCCCAUCUUCCCUCGGCGUAGCAACAAGACGAAAGGCACCGCUCCUCUUCUCGUUUUCUUCUUAAACCUCUCCAUCCAAACUCUCUUCCUCCCCCACCAACUUUCCUCUUCCCCAUCCUCUUUGUUUGUUCUCCAUUCUGUCCUUUGGAGCGCAUCAAUACCAUCACAUCAAUCAAAAUGGCACCCAGAGUUAUCGUCGUUGGCGGUGGUCUGUCCGGCUUGAGUGCCGCGCAUACCAUCUACCUCGCAGGAGGCAACGUUGUCGUUCUCGACAAGCAGGGCUUCUUCGGAGGCAACUCCACAAAGGCCACUUCUGGCAUCAACGGCGCCUUGACGCGGACACAGGUCGACACCGGAAUUGCCGACAGCGUCAAGCAGUUCUAUGAUGAUACCCUCAAGUCUGCUCGUGACAAGGCCCGCCCCGACCUGAUCAAGGUUCUUACCUACAAGUCCGCUGCUGCCGUCGAAUGGCUUCAGGAUGUCUUCAACCUGGACCUUACUCUCGUUUCGCGGUUAGGAGGUCACUCCCAGCCCCGUACCCACCGUGGUCACGAUGCCAAGUUCCCCGGUAUGGCCAUCACAUAUGCCCUCAUGCAGAGACUCGAGGAGCUCGCUGAGACCGAGCCCGAGCGUGUCGAGAUCAUCAAGAAGGCCCGCGUUACCGGCCUGAACAAGGACGGCAACACCAUCACUGGUGUUUCAUACGAGUUCAACGGCGAGGAGCAAAAGGUUGACGGACCCGUCAUCCUUGCCACCGGUGGUUACGCUGCCGACUUUGGCGAGACCUCCCUUCUCAAGAAGCACCGUCCCGAUACUUUCGGCCUCGCCACCACCAACGGCACCCACGCCACUGGUGACGGUCAGAAGAUGGUCAUGGCCAUCGGCGGUAACGGUAUUGACAUGGACAAGGUCCAGGUCCACCCUACCGGUCUGGUUGAUCCCAAGGACCCCGGUUCCAAGUGGAAGUUCUUGGCUGCUGAGGCCCUUCGUGGUGAGGGUGGUCUCCUUCUCAACGCAGACGGUGAUCGUUUCUGCGACGAGCUUGGCCACCGUGACUACGUCUCCGGCAUGAUGUGGAAGGAGAAGGACAAGAACAAGUUCCCCAUUAGACUCAUCCUCAACUCCAAGGCCUCUAAGGUCCUUGACUUCCACACUCGCCACUACUCUGGCCGUGGUCUGAUGAAGAAGAUGACCGGUGCUGAGCUGGCCAAGGAGAUUGGCUGCUCCCCCGACCACCUCCAGAAGACCUUCACCACCUACAACGCCAUUGCCGAUGGCAAGCAGAAGGACCCUUGGGGCAAGAAGUUCUUCCACAACCUGCCCGUCGACAUCAACGAUGACUUCCACGUCGCGCUGAUGGAGCCUGUUCUCCACUUCACCAUGGGUGGUAUCGAGAUCAACGACAAGGCCCAGGUCUUGAACAGCGAGCAGAAGCCCUUCGACGGUCUGUUCGCCUGUGGUGAGCUUGCUGGUGGUGUUCACGGUGCCAACCGUCUUGGUGGCUCUUCCCUACUUGGCUGCGUCGUCUACGGCCGUGUUGCCGGUGACACCGCCAGCAACUACCUCUUCCAGCAGGCCCUUAACGGCGUAGGAGGUGCCACCUCCCGUCUCGGCCAGAUCUCACUACACCUGGACCCCGCCCAGCCUGGUCGCGUCACGAUCGACUGGAACAACGGUGGUGGCUCCGGCGGCCAGGGUAUCCCUGCCCAGCAGACCACAUCGGCCGCCGGCCCCACGCCCGAGAAGGCGGACGGCCAGAAGGCUUCCAAGCCCAACAACCCCAAGGAGUUCUCCGUUCCCGAGAAGGAGUUCUCUAUGGAGGAGGUUGCCAAGCACAACACCAAGGAGGACCUGUGGGUCGUCGUCAAGGGUGUUGUGAUGGAUCUCUCAAACUGGCUCGAGGAGCACCCCGGUGGACCCCAGGCCAUCAUGAACUUCAUGGGCCGCGACGCCACUGAGGAGUUUGAGAUGCUGCACGACGACGAGGUUAUCCCCAAGUACGCACCACAGCAGGUGAUUGGCCGCGUAAAGGGCCAGACGCCGAGUUUGGAGCUGUAAAUUUUGAGACGAUCAUUUACGACGAGCGCACGACGGAAUCUUGGCUUUGGGUAAAACAGUGAUAACCGGAGUAACGGGUGCGCAUUGGCGCGCUUUUUUGAAUUUGGGCAUUUUUCUCACAUCUAGGGAAUGUAUUCAUAGAUACAUGUUGUAGUCUCUUGGAUUCAAUGGAAC